CGUGAAUUUGUAAAGGUGGAUCAUAGAAAUAUAUUUUCAAUAACUAUUUUAUUAAAAUUUUUACAUGAAGCAGUUUUACUUGAGUUGAAAUAAAAAAUAUAUGGUAUUUGUUUAACAAACACCUAUUAUUCAUUAAUACCAGUCCAAUCGGUACUGAACAAUAUGAGAAUAUAACAAGAUUAGACAGUAAUUAGCUUUUGCCGCAUGUUUCGAAUUACCUAGGUAUUUAUUAAAUUAUUAAUGAAGUAUCGAUUUUUAAAUAGGUAGCUGAAUUAUUUAUCGUCCUUAAUGAAGUAAAUCGUGGAAUAUCUUGUUGUUGAUUUCACCUCUAUAUACGUUUUCUAUUGACAAUGGAAUUCAGGCUAAAUGUAUUUACCUUAAAUUGUUGGGGGAUACCUAUAGUAUCCAAAAAUAGAAAAGAGAGAUUUGAAGCAAUAUCAAAGUAUUUAUUGGAGAGUUCUCACAGUAUAGUAUGUUUGCAAGAAGUAUGGAGUGAAAAGGAUUAUUUGUUUCUACGGGACAACUUGAAACAUGUUUUACCAUAUUCACAUUACUUUUACAGUGGUGUACUUGGCUCUGGCCUUUGUGUAUUCUCCAAAUGGGUCAUUAAGGAUGUGUUCUUUCAUCAGUGGCCAUUAAAUGGGUACAUACAUAAAGUACACCAUGGAGACUGGUUUGGAGGCAAGGGUGUGGGGUUGUGCCGUAUCAAAUGUGGCGAAAGACUAGUCAAUAUUUAUUGUACACAUCUACAUGCAGAGUACCAUGUCGAUGAUAUAUAUUUGGCGCACCGAGUACUACAAGCAUAUUCAACAGCUGAAUUCGUUAAUUUAACGACAUACCCAGCAGACAUAUCCAUACUUGCUGGUGACUUGAACACAGCACCAGGAGAUUUGUCUUUCAAGAUCUUAACGCAAUUACCCUCAUUGGUGGAUCCUUAUGACAUGAAAUGUGAAGAUACCCCAGGCAAGUUAAAGGCAUCAGGCACUUGUGAUAAUGCCAAUAAUAGUUAUUCAGAUCAGAAACUUGCAAGCAAGCUGCCAGAAGGAAAACGUAUAGAUCAUAUUCUAUUCCAUGUAAAUUCGUCAUGGGAGGCUCAUGUACUUAACUUCGGCAAUCCUUUGGAGGAGAGAGUUCCGGGACAAACAUUCUCGUAUUCUGAUCACAAUGCCGUCGCUUUGGAAUUGCUAAUAAAGCCAUCCGAGCAUAGAAUUAAUCAGAGACAAGACAGCAAAGGAGAUUGUUUCGAUGAGACUAUAACACAAGCCAUCAAGGUGUGCGAAGAAGCCACUGUAAACAUAUCAAAAUCCAAAAAAUUGUUUUUAACCGCCGGCACAUUGAUAUUUUUGUUCUUGCUGGCUACAGUGGGUUUUUGGCCCAAUUUCAUAGUGUAUGAUGUAAUCAAACUUAUUAUAACCGGUUUAUGUUUCUACUAUUUGAUAAUGGGCUCGUUGUGGAAUAAAAUUGAGUUGAAUAGUUUAAAAGCCGGCCUGAGCGCUCUCGAGAAUUAUAGUAGAACAAGAAUGGAACUAAAAAGUUUGGAUGAAGAAAUAGAUGCAGGUGCAGAUUUGGUCCGCAAGCGGCCGAUCCACAAACACUAAUUAUAAUAAAGCGAGAGAGCGAAUGUCAACCCGCGAUGAAAUACUCUCCACGCGCACAGCAAAUGCACACCCGCGUUAUACUGAAUAUCCUUAAACUACUGACAUUCCAGUGUUUUUAUUGUGUACUUACUUAUUUUGUUCCUAUAAUUCUAUUAUGUUCUUAUGAUAAUCUCGUGCAUUCUUAUAAAUAUAUUGUGAUGUUAUUUAAGUGUUAUCAAUAAAUCUAAUAAAACAUAUCAUAAUCGAU